AUGCAUCGCCUCCGCGACUCCCUGCUUAGCCCGUCGCCAAAAGGCUUCCCCGACAUCGGCGAGUUAGAUAGCAUCUCUUAUGAUCGGCUGAAUGUGCGGCAAAGCCUCGCUCGGGGCGAAAUUCAAGAGAUGCGCGGAACAGCCCGUUUCAAUCGAACCUGGUUUGUCACCUCCAGAUACUGCCAAGUUGGAGAUGGGGUGGAUUCCCUCGAACUCUACGUUCGUCAUAUAUGGUAUAUGUACUACCAGCUCAGUCUAUAUACAUCGCAUGAGACCCCCAAACACGACCGUCUGGUCCUCGAUAUCCUCCGGAUUCAAGGAAAGGGACCGUUGACCAGGCCUGUGAAGGGGGUCUACGGAAUCGAUAUCGCCCGGAUGACCGAAGGCACGCUGUGGAAUGACCUACCGCUCUUAGUCAGUGAUAUGACUGACUUCUGGAUCAACGACUGCGGAGCAAUGUCGGGCAUCCAUCGCCUCAAUUUUUCUUCUUUCUUGGCCAAGCUGGCGUCUACUCGCGUCUGUAAGGAUAGAAUGUGCCAGGUUGCCCUUGUCCUGUUUCGGCGCACGUUUGAGGAGAGACAGGUGCUUCGCAGCUCUGGUGAUCCCAGUGAUCCUGGUGAUGAGGAUCCGCACCGGAGCAUGGAUUCACUGGAGAUUAGGCAUUUGUUGCCGUCUGACACUGCGUGGCUCAAGGAGGCAGAUUGCAAUCUCCUGCAACUCUCGGAGGUCUCGUGGAAUGAUUGUCCCAGCACGAUUGGUCAGGGUGGCCGCUGUUUCAUCGAGUCAGAAUUUGGGAAGCGGUCACCGACUAGAUUCACGCCAUGGAGAUGGUUGUUCUGGCUCAAGCGACUCCGCGAAAUUCAGGAGGCGGCAAAAGAGGCCAACGAGAAAACUCUGGAGGAAUCUGCUACCGAUGCCAUCCAAGCUAUGGUCAGGGUCGCGGAGGAACAAAACUCUGACAUUCUGAGAGUUUACCAAACUGCCGGGGAUCUCAUUUAUGAAGAUGAACAUUUCCUGCCACUGCAAAAGAUUGUGGAGGGGAAAGACCCCUGGCGCGAGGAAACCGAAGACGGGGAAGAGACCGAAGAUCACGAGCAGGGAGAAGACGGCGAGGAGAGCAAAAAGCCGGAAGAGAGUAAAAAGGAAAAGGAGAACGAGAAUGACAAUUAA